AUGGGGAUUAAAUGUUCCAAACGUAAAAACAAGUCUUUUCGAAAUGAAAUUAUUUAGGCCCAACCUAUUCAAAUGAGUUUAACUACUUCGAAGGAGGCUUUAGCUUUUUGUGAUUCCCAAGAUUUAGCGAAUUUUAUGCGAACUAAACCAGUCAAGUCAUAUAUAUAGGAAGUUAUUUGGAAGUAAUAAAUUUAUUUUGACUCAUGUGAACAAUUGACUCGAAUAAUAGAAGGGAAAUCUGAGAUUCUCUUGAGGAGUUAUAAUGACUUUACUGAAAAAGCCUUAAAAAUUAAACUCAUGGUCUUAAAGUACUAUAAGGAGAAUUUUUUGGCUUAUCAGGAAUAAGUACCCGAAUGUAUUGAAAAAAAGGAUUGGAUAGCGAAUGAAACUAUGCAAAUACUCAUUGAGACGAACAUUAUCCUAAAUUGCUUAAUGGAUAAAAAUUUUGAUGUUGAAUAGGAAUUAUGGUGGGGAAAUGAUUAUUUUAAAGACAGGAUACAAAGUCUGGGAGCUAAUGGGGAGGAGAAAAUUUAAAAUGACCAAAUUGUUUAACCUAUUGUUCAAUAUUUAUAAGCAUUAAAAAAUAAAGUUACAUAAUCUAUGCCCAUAAAUCAAUAAUAAUAAAGACCUUAUCAGUAGAAUUAAUCUGUUGUGAAUAGCACAGCCAUUGCACAAGUGCAUCUAACUAAAUUUUACAAUGAUCUUAAGCUAGAAUUUGCAAAGGAUGCUGGUGAAGAAUAAGUUUCUUCUUGA